CCCCAGUAAGCGACACCUAGCUUUCAACGACAUGAAGUGCGCACAAGAAUUCUCCCGAACCCAUCGUUAGUAUCAGAGUUCGUUUGAUCUUCCGUAUUUUUAUUAUAGGUGAAACUCUUUGUUUCCUUCAAUACCCCAUAUUGAUAUUGGUCCUCGUUCACACACACACAAACACCCUAACCAUGACUAUCACGACCACGACAGAAUUCCGAUCCGAUGCCGAGGCUGUCGAAGCUUGGACGCGCACCUGGUUCAGCCCCGAGUUCGAGCCGUAUCGUUUCAGUGCCCAGAAGCCCUCGGCGAAAAAGGUGUUUGACGACUUGCAUGCGAGUUUCGGGGGAUGGUUUCUAUCGACUCUCGUCUCGUCCGAGACAGAUAAUUCAUCUUCGCCAUUGGAACAAAGUUCCUCAACCACUGGAUUGCUGCUCCGCCUGAGAACCGCGGUCUUUCUUGACCAGACGGUAAGAAACAUCGAACCCUAUUGGGAAAGGGUUCGGGAAGGCGACUUCGCAGGUACAACAUCCACCGUCGAGGCCGAGCCUGGGCCCGGCACAACAAGGUCCACAAGCAUAACGCGACUCACAUACGCGGACGCAAAGGCUCAAGCCGAUUACACCGCUUUUGCCUUGCUACGGUCGGUUUUCGGGGACAGAACUGAAGGAGGACCGCAGAGACCAGACAUUCCAAGCUCUACUAGCAAGGACGUACUGAAAACCCUCCUGCCUGAAAUCCACAACAUUUUUGAGGUUUGCUUCUGGAGCCUCGUCGCGCGGCACCAGCGGAGUGAAAACGGGUUUGCGCUCGCGAAAACGAUUCUGACCGCGUGUCGAGAAGUGGUUGCUGAAAGAUCUUCGCUGCGAAAAAGUGAAAGCGAAGAUCGGGAGCUGGCCCUCCUGGACGCUUUCAUUGAGAAAACGGAACAAGUAGAACUCGAGCUGGAGGCAGAAAGGUACGUGGACUACGCUCUGAGUGAGGCGAAGUUGCGGGUUUGCGUGCCAAGAAGGGAUGGCAUGAUGUCCUCUGACGAAGAGGUCGAGGAUGACGAGGCGGAGAGGGCAGUUGUGGAAGCCCGAUUGAACCAGCAAAAUGAUGCGACGAGCACGAAGAACUUCUGCGGAGGUCCUCUUCGAGACAAAUUUCGAUAUCUCGACCCGCAGUGCGUACCUGAAGCCAAAAGUAUGAAGAAACCCGACGAAAUUGCAAGCGACCCUUUCCCCUUCGCGCCUGCUUGGAAUGCAUCGUGCUACGAAAAAACCAGAAGUUCUCUCCGCAACUACCCCCUAGUCAAAGAUUUGGAACGAGUUCUCCGCACAGAACAAUCAUCCGCAACAAAAAUCCAUCCGUCGAUCUUCAACAGUGCCAACACCGGGAUCGUUUUGUCCCUUUCCGGCGGCGUUGACUCCAUCGUGCACGCGGCGCUUCUGUCCAUUCUCAAACCGGAAUUCAAGGGCAAAGUCUCCGCUCUGCAUCUGCGGCACUGCAACAGACAGGAGCAGAAACACGAGGAGUUCUGGGUCAGAGAACUCGCAAACCGCCUCGGAAUCCCCCUCUACGCGUACACGAUAGAGCUCCAGCGCCCCCACGGAGAUCUGAAGACCGGGCUGAGUCGGGAAAGGUACGAGGAAGUGACGAAAAAAAUUCGGUUCAAGAUGUACGAGAAUUGUUUCGAAGAGAUGAAAACCGAGAACAACUUCGUCAUAAUCGGGCAUCACCAAGACGACGUCGACGAGAACCGGAUUGCGGAGCUUUUGAAAGGAUCGGUCGUUCACAUCAACGGGGUCGAGACCUUCGUGAAAAUCGACAAUUUGCUCCUCUGUCGACCAUUGCUGGAGCGGCGGAAACAGGAGUUUUUCGACUUCGCAAAGGAAUUCCAGCUCUGCUACAUGCGGGACAGCACGCCAAAGUGGAGCAGGCGAGGGUGUAUCAGGCAAUUACUCGAUUGGAAUGUGGAAAAUGAAAACUUGCAGGAGGAACUGAAACUCCUCGGUGACAACUCGACGGAGUUGGGGGUCUUGAUGGACGAAACUGUGAAGAAUUGGAAAAUGAAAUCAAUAAGGAGAAUAGAAGAUGCAGCUGAUGCUCAAAAUGAUGAGGAUGACGAAAAAAAUGAACUUGAUGAGCGAGAAGCGGCAAAAGAAAAACCGAUCUACGCCCUCGAUCUCGGAGAGUUGAUGGACUUGGCGGAAGAGGUGGCUGCAAAUUUCACGAAAGUGGUUGAACAAAUCGAACAGUUCCGAUCCAAAUGGAACCCGAUCCUGGAGAAGUACGCAACUGAAGUAAACCCCGCGGUCAAGUCCGCUUUGCAGCCGAUUCCAGGCCACCAUUGUAGCGAUUUUGGUCCUCAGCGGGGCAAUGGUAAAGGAACCAGGAGAAUUGCACCACAAAAGAGCGACGGCAAUUCAUCCGGCGCAGCUGGCCCGUUUCUCUUCACCCGAGCCAUGUACGCCGCACAGGGAAGUAGUGGGGCGGCAUCUUCAUCCUGCGAUGCAGAAGUAGUUCCGGUGCAGAAGAACCGACACCGAGCUCCAAAGCUCGAGCUGAUCAAUAACCAGAAACCAAUCCUCCUUGGAAAGAAAGCUCUGCACCACGCCUGGCAGGCCUGCGUCAAAGCCCGAGCGAACUUUAUCCAGAACGGGAACUUGCACAAGGAGGUUGGAUACCGGUAUUUGCCGAAAAGAAGAGUGCUUUUAGUGCAGGCAGGUAAUGCGGCAGAGUUGCAACGGUUUUUCGAAAUGGAAGUGAUGUUUCGCGAGGGUGACGAAGGGGAAAAGCAGAACAGUUGUUUGGAAAAUGCUAAAUCCCUUCUGGACGAUAUCAUGCUAGCAAAGAGAACGACAAGUGCGAAAUCACAAUCAGGCAGCGAGAAAUUGCCACUUGCAACAGCGGACUCGACUUCUUCGCGUGCGAAGUUAGCGGGCGCCUGAAUUACUUACAAAUCUUUGAUGUCCUUCACUUGACGACAACGACGCGACGACUUAUCUAUCUUCUCUGUGCGGCACGUAAACCUAAACGUAAUAUCAAAGUCAAGUUUGACCCUUUUUAA